AUGGCCGAGGGAGACAAUCGCAGCACCAACUUGCUGGCUGCAGAGACUGCAAGUCUGGAAGAGCAGCUGCAAGGAUGGGGAGAGGUGAUGCUGAUGGCUGACAAAGUCCUCCGAUGGGAAAGAGCCUGGUUCCCACCUGCCAUCAUGGGUGUGGUUUCCCUGGUGUUUCUGAAUAUCUAUUAUCUAGAUCCAUCUGUUCUAUCUGGUGUUUCCUGUUUUGUUAUGUUUUUGUGCUUGGCUGACUACCUUGUUCCUAUCCUGGCGCCUAGAAUUUUUGGCUCCAAUAAAUGGACCACUGAGCAGCAGCAAAGAUUCCAUGAAAUUUGCAGCAAUCUAGUAAAAACUCGUCGCAGAACUGUGGGCUGGUGGAAACGCCUCUUCACACUGAAGGAAGAAAAGCCGAAAAUGUACUUCAUGACCAUGAUCAUAUCUCUUGCUGCGGUUGCUUGGGUGGGACAGCAGGUCCACAACCUUCUUCUCACCUACCUGAUCGUGACUUUCUUACUGUUGCUUCCUGGACUAAACCAACAUGGAAUCAUUUCGAAGUACAUUGGAAUGGCCAAAAGAGAGAUGAACAAGCUUCUUAAGCAAAAAGAAAAGAAAAAUGAGUAA